CUUGGGCUCGUGCCGUCUCUCCCCACAGCACCGUCACCAUGUGGAUCCGGGUGCGGACCAUGGACGGGUUAAAGACCCGCACGGUGAACUGGCUGUCCAGGCUGACCAAAGUGGAAGAGCUGCGGGAGAAGAUCGAGGAGCUGUUCCACGUGGAGCCCAGCCUGCAGCGGCUGUUCUACAGGGGCAAACAGAUGGAGAACGGCCACAGCCUCUUUGACUACAGCGUCCGCCAGAACGACACCAUCCAGCUCCUGGUCCGCCAGAGCCUCACUCUGUCUCAAAAAAAAAAAAAAAAAAAAAAGAGGGACCCCGAGCUCUCCGACACGGACUCCGGCUGCUGCCUGGCCCAGAGCGAGUCGGACAAGUCCUCGACCCACGGCGAGUCGGACGGCAGAGCGGGCCUGGCGGAGGAGCCCAUGUGGGUGGAGACUGAGCUGGGUCUGUACAAGGUCAACGAGUACGUGGAUGCUCGGGACGCGAACAUGGGGGCGUGGUUUGAGGCGCAGGUGGUCAGGGUGACACAGAGGGCCCGUUCCCGGGACGAGCCCUGCUGUUCUACCUCGGCGCUGGAGGAUGACAUCGUUUAUCACGUGAAAUACGACGACUACCCGGAGAACGGCGUGGUGCAGAUGGGCUCCGGGGACGUCCGCGCCCGCGCACGCACCAUCAUCAAGUGGCCUGACCUAGAGGUGGGCCAGCUGGUCAUGCUCAACUACAACACCGACAACCCCAAGGAGCGGGGCUUCUGGUACGACGCGGAGAUCACCAGGAAGCGUGAGACCAGGACGGCGCGGGAGCUGUAUGCCAACGUCGUGCUGGGGGAUGGUUCUCUCGAUAACUGUCGCAUCUUCUUCGUGGAUGAAGUCUUCAAGAUCGAGUUCCCAGGCGAGGGGAGCCCCAUGGUCGAGAACCCGACGAGACGGAAGAGCGGGCCCUCCUGCAAGCACUGCAAGGACGACAUGAGCAAGCUGUGCCGCGUCUGUGCCUGCCGCGUGUGCGGGGGCCGGCAGGACCCCGACAAGCAGCUCAUGUGUGACGAGUGUGACAUGGCCUUCCACAUCUACUGCCUCUGCCCGCCCCUCAGCAGCGUCCCCCCUGAGGAAGAGUGGUACUGCCCCGAGUGCCGAAACGACGCCAGCGAGGUGGUGCUGGCCGGCGAGAAGCUGCGGGAGAGCAAGAAGAAGGCCAAGAUGGCGUCGGCCACGUCGUCCUCGCAGCGCGACUGGGGCAAGGGCAUGGCGUGCGUGGGCCGCACCAAGGAGUGCACCAUCGUCCCGUCCAACCACUACGGCCCCAUCCCCGGCAUCCCCGUGGGCACCAUGUGGCGCUUCCGAGUCCAGGUCAGCGAGUCAGGCGUUCAUCGGCCUCACGUGGCGGGCAUCCACGGCCGCAGCAACGACGGGGCUUACUCCCUGGUCCUGGCGGGCGGCUACGAGGACGACGAGGACAAUGGGAAUUCUUUCACAUACACAGGUAGUGGUGGUCGAGAUCUUUCCGGCAACAAGCGAACUGCAGGACAGUCUUGCGAUCAGAAACUCACCAACACCAACAGGGCGCUGGCUCUCAACUGCUAUGCCCCCAUCGACGACAAGAAGGGGGCCGAGGCCAAGGACUGGCGGUCGGGGAAGCCCGUCAGGGUGGUGCGCAAUGGCAGAGGCAGCAAGAACAGCAAGUAUGCACCGGCCGUGGGCAACCGCUACGACGGCAUCUACAAGGUCGUGAAGUACUGGCCUGAGAAGGGGAAGUCGGGCUUUCUGGUUUGGCGCUACCUGCUCCGGAGGGAUGACAAUGAGCCCGGGCCCUGGACGAAGGAGGGGAAGGACCGGAUCAAGAAGCUGGGGCUGACCAUGCAGUAUCCGGAAGGCUACUUGGAAGCCCUGGCCAACAGGGGGAAGAACAGUAAUAGGGAGGACGAGGAUGACGACGAGGAGGAGGAGGCAGCUGCGCAGGCGCUGGCGAGGGGGCGGGAGCAGGCCAGCCUCAGGUCCGCCAGGCCCGGCAAGGGCAAGUGGAAGCGGAAGUCGCCAGCAGGUGGCCCGAGCAGCGCCCGGUCCCCGGGCCGGAUGCCCAAGAAAACCAAGGUGGAGCCCUACACCCUCACGUCGCAGCAGAACAAGCUCAUCAUGGAGGACAAGAGCAACGCCCGGCUGUGGACCGAGGUCCUCAAGUCGCUCAAGGACGGGCCGUUCCAGGCGUUCCUGAGCAAGGUGGAGGAGGCGUUCCAGUGCAUCUGCUGCCAGGAGCUCGUGUUCCGGCCCAUCACCACCGUGUGCCACCACAACGUGUGCAAGGACUGCCUGGACAGGUCCUUCCGGGCGCAGGUGUUCAGCUGCCCGGCCUGCCGCUGCGACCUGGGCCGGAGCUACUCCAUGCAGGUGAACCAGGUGCUGCAGGCCAUCCUUGCCCAGCUCUUCCCCGGCUACGGCAGCGGCCGGUGAUCCAAGCACUUCUCGGCAGGAAAGCGUGUCGGGGGUCUUCAGCCGACCCUUCUGCUGUUCUUAGUAGGCUUAACUUAAACGUAUAGUUUCCCCCUUCCCUCAAAAGGUGUGUCUUCCUAUUUUGUUUUAAUCUAUACAUUUUCAGGAAUUUAUGUAUUCUGGCUGAAAGUUGGACUUCUCAGUAUUUAGUUUUUAAAAAGUUAUAAAGCCUGCAGUCGGUCAGCAACAAAACGAUGUAUGGCAUGAAGACGGCUUCUGUUCCUUCCUGAUGCCGCGUUCUCAGGGGUUCCCGCCGCCGAGUCGCAAGAAGCCGUCCCCUGCCCAGAACAAUCUCUUUUCAAGGUUCGUGGCUUUGGCUGCCAAGGUCAAAGCCAAGUGCGUCUCUCCUGACGGCAUCUUAUCGGCAUCUUAUCGUAUAAAAUCCUGCAAAGAUGGUUCCCUGCGGUGGCCCUGGGGACAGUGCGACCCAGCCGUCUGUCAAGUUGUGGAAAAGAGGAAAACAAGUCUCUUCCUGCUCAGUUUGAACUCUUCCCUCGAAGCCAUCCCUCCCCCACCAGGCUGCUGCGUGCCUGCGAUCCGCGCGAAGAAUCCUCUGCCCACGUGAGCAGGGAGUUGGGGCCCCAGAGAACCUACCUCAGCUGGACUCGGCUCCACGUGGGGCUGGCGUGCCGGGCGCUGGCCCUCGCGGGAGGCCACGGAAGCUCGCGCACAGCCACGUUCAAGUGCCUUCGGUUCGUUCGCUCUUUCUAAAGACGAGGCUCUUCUGUUUUUAGCACUGAAUUUACUGAAAAAAUGCCAACCAGAUUCUAAAAGCUGUGAUCAUCCAGUUCUUCCUGACACUGGGUGGGUGCUUUGGGGAUGGUUUGAGUUUAUAGAUCCUUAAAAUUCAAUUUUUUUUUUUAACUUGACAAUUCAGAAAUACAAGAGGGAAUUUUUUUUUUUUUAAAUGAAUACUUUUUCUAAAUGAAAUUUUUUUGUAGUUACUGUAUAUGAACCAAGAAAGAUAUAACUUAGGGUUUUGGUUGUCUUUUGUUUUUGUAUUUUUUUGGCAUGGUUUGUUAAUUUUUCUAACUUUACCAAAGUUUGCAGCUCAUACCUCAACAGAACAGGGAUAUUUUAAAUCGCAUAACUACAGACCAACUGAAGCAAUAUUUUUACAAGGUGUUUUUUUUUUUUCUCCUUAUUAUUAGAUUGUUAAUGUGUUAGGGGAAGAAGCAGCAAAAUUCUCUGUAGGCUCUUUCUAAAGUCCAAUAUUGGUCCAGAUUUUAGAUUCUCAGAAUAAAUGUUUUUCACAGAUA